AUGGGCAAGGAACAGGAGCAAGGCAGGGUCAAUGACCAGGGAGCCGAGGAUGAGCUACUGCGCAUUCGCCGGCCCGAUUACAUCACCGCGCCGCACAGACGUGAUGACGUAAUCCGCCGGGCCUUCUGCCGUCUGCGCCUGCGCAACCGGCCCGUGCUGCUGGAUCACCUCUCCGUCUAUGUCCCCGCAGAGGGACACGGCAUCUCCCACGAACAGGUUUUCCAGAUUAUCUCAAUCACACUUAACACGCAUAUACCACCUAUGCCUCAGGAAGCUCUCCUUAAUGUUAGACCGAUAGACAGUGAAAACUGCAUGAAAUGUUCUGAUGAAGAAUGGCCAAAUGAGAAGAAGGAUCGGUGUGUUCCAAAGUUUGUGGAGUUUCUCUCCUACACUGAUGAUGCAAUUGUUGCAGUAAUUUCAGCUGUCUCCAUCCUCUGUUGUCUUCUGACUGGUGUAAUAUUGGGGAUGUUUAUACAUUACCAGGACACACCCAUUGUUAAAGCUAAUAACCGGAACCUGAGCUAUCUUCUCCUGGUCUCCAUCAUGCUGAGCUUCCUCUGUGUCUUCUUGUUCCUCGGCCAUCCAGUAGAUGUAACCUGCAUGCUGCGUGUAACCUCUUUUGGUGUCAUCUUCUCAGUUGCUGUCUCUUCUCUACUUGCCAAAAGUAUCAUGGUGUGUAUUGCUUUUAAAGCCACCAAACCUGGGAGUUCCUGGAGGAAAUGGAUGGGAAUCAAAUUGCCGAAUUCUAUCAUGUCUGUGUUGUCAAUGGUGCAAGUUAUAAUCUGUGUCACUUGGUUGUCUAUUUCUCCUCCCUUCCAGGAUCGAGACACUCACUCUUAUCAGGGAAAGAUCAUCCUUCAGUGUAAUGAGGGUUCAGUUAUCGGCUUCUACUCUGUCCUGGGAUAUAUGGGACUUCUGGCAGCUGUGAGCUUCAUUAUAGCUUUUUUAGCCAGGACAUUACCGGACAGUUUUAAUGAGGCCAAGUACAUC